CCAUGCUCGGCUCACGCUCAGACCGAUCGCGCCCAACUGUGGCAAGUUUCAAGAGCGGUCUCAAGCGCCUCACUGUGGAGCGCUCGUGGCACGACUCUUGGGGAACCACUAAGGAAAUGUCCUUCGCCGACUCGGAGGCCGACCAAGAGCCGCAAUCACGGGUGCGUCUUGGCAACACUCAACUGCUGCAACUAGCCCGUGAUGCAACCGAUAAGGUGGACUUCCACCGCCUGACGAACCGCCAGGCAUCGUUGCGCAACUGGAAGUGGAAGGCCGUGGCCAACGACUUCACGGCGUUCUCGCACGGCGACGGAAUCGAGGCGGCUCAAGAAGUGCUGGCCACGGGUGAGAUGAAGGCCAGCUUGAACGAACUCUCUCACAUUCUAAGCACCAACACUGCUACUGACCACGAUAUGGUGAUGCGAAGCCUGUACAAGGAUUACAUCCACGGUGCUAUCGUGCACGUCGUGGACCCGUCGCUGGGAGCGUCUUCGUCCUCUGUCAAGAAGCCAGACAUGGAAUCUAAAUUGACGGUCAAGACCAGUGCCUUCGAGCGUUCGCGCAUGUUCAAGAACCACGAGCAGUGGUGUUUCCUCGAGUACUACGAGAAAAUGAGCAGCGCCGACGCUUUCACGCGUGAGGAGCUGGAGUCGUUAAGGGCGUCCGGCGCAGCAGAAGACUACGAAGAACGGGAGCAGCUACUUACAGACUGUUUUGAACUAACAGAGAGACAUGCACAACAAAAGGCAGACAAAACUGAAAAAAAACGAGAUGCUGAGCGCCGUGAAGCUGCGUCUGCUGACAUAGUUCGUAGCGCCAUGGAAGGCAUGCGUAACAAACGAGCUCUCAGCUCAGACACGGACUUGGCGACACCACCUUCAACAAAAAAGAAAAAGCGGUCAGGUACGGAUGCAUUAUUAGGUUUCCUUGAGGACCGCGCGUCAUCGCGCAACAAUAGAGACUCAUUGAAAGAGCGGCAGCUACAGGUAGAAGAACGACGGCUCACGCUUGAAGAGCACCGGCCACAGCAGAACAAGGACAAAACGGACAGAAUGCUAGCGAUCAUGCCGUCUGAGAUGGGUCUUAUGGCCCAGCUGAUAGAAAGAUAUCCAAAUAAAAAGUUGUACUGCUUAUUCAAGUCCUAA